AUAGCUCAGACCCGGUGUCCCUGUUUGGCUUUCUCAACAUUUCUUCAAGAAAAGUGGUGAGGGGGAAAUGACCAAGGAGGAUGUGCUGAGAGAGUCUUCAGAAGGAGACUCUGUCCGGGGAUGCUACAGCUUCAUUCCCUGUAAUUCUGACCGACCGGUGAUCCAUCAGGUUGCAUCAGCGCCUAUGCCUUCAGAUUGCGAGUUCUCUUUCUUUGACCCGAAUGAUCCUCUGUGUCAGGAGGUUCUGCAGGAUCCCCAGACCACCGUUCCAGAGCUCUUUGCCGUCCUCAGGCAGUGGGUUCCCCAAGUCCAGCGGAAUAUUAGUAUCAUUGGUAAUGAGAUUCUAAAGCGAGGAUGUGGUGUCAAUGACAGAGAUGGUCUUACGGACAUGACGUUGCUUCACUAUUGCUGCAAGGCUGGAGCGCCUGGCAUAGGUGAUGCUGAGAGCGCUGCUGGUUUCGCCCAUCAGCUGUUAUCACUGGGAGCCGAGCCAUCUUUACGCAGCCGUUGGACAAACAUGAACGCUCUCCACUAUGCUGCGUAUUUUGACGUCCCUCCUCUUAUUCAAGUGGUUCUGCAGGCGUCACAGCCGGGAGAGGUGGAUUCCACCUGCAGUGAUUUUGACUUCGGCACUGCUUUGCACAUCGCCGCCUCAAAUCUGUGCACCUCUGCUGUCAGGUGUCUGCUGGAACUGGGAGCCAACCCUGCAUUUAAGUUUUUACGCAGCGGAUGCCCUUCCAGCCGCAACCCAUCUCUGGGAAACAUCCACAUACACAUUCAAACACACACUCAUACACUACGGACAAUUUAGCCGACCCAAUUCACCUGUACCGCAUGUCUUUGGACUGUUAGGGAAACCGGAGCACCCGGAGGAAACCCACGCGAAGGCAGGGAGAACAUGCAAACUCCACACAGAAACGCCAACUGAGCCGAGGUUCGAACCAGCGACCCAGCGACCUUCUUGCUAUGAGGCAACAGCACUACCUACUACGCCAUUGCCUCGCCCCAAAACUUUUAAUAAUAUGCAAAAAAAUUUAAGUGAUGUAUCUUGAUUGCUGUACCCUUAUCCUCAUACUUGCUGAACAUUUUCAGUAAAUAGGGUUUCACAGCAAAUGACAACGAAACUUAGGU